AUGAAUUACUUAACAACUAUACAACUAUAUGAGUCAAAAAAGAAUGUUAUAAAUGAUAUACAACUAUGGUCUACAAAUAAAACUUUGAAAUUGCCUACCAUUACUUCUUGCAAACCAAUAUCUUACAUUAAAUACGCUUCAUUGCCAUUUUAUCUAGUAUACUGUUGUCCAAUAAUUGUAUAUACCGAUGAUCUGGAUACAUCUGAUUAUUUCAAAACUAAAUUAGUGGAGACUCCGUUGUUGUCAAAUGGAAAGAGUGGUGGUGUUGGUGGUGGUGGUAUUGGUUUACUUUGUAAAGUGGAUGUCAACACUUUUCUAGUGUUUUAUUACGAAGAUAAUGUCAAAAUGUUGGUUUUAAAAUUUUCCAAAUUCAUUGAAACAUUACCACAGUUGGAUAUUCCAUCUAUCCCUAAGGAUACAUUACUAGAUUUAAAACCAUCUAAAAGAAUACGAACCAACACAAAAAUUAUUGACAAGAUUAUAGAAAAGAAGAAGCAAAGACUGAAUCUGUUUAUAGCUAAUCCAAACACAACCAAGGUGAAUAUUUCUAGUGGCUCACUGAUAUUGACAAAUCAAGACCAAAUCAAUACGGCAAUUAACAAAAUAAUCUUUUCGGGGUUGCGAAUACGGGGAUUGUCAUCAAACGUUGCUUCUUCUUUGAAUGAUAAACUUACAAUUAAAGAAAUCCACCAGAUGACAUUCAAGGCAACACAAUUUGCAUUGAGAAAACAUAACUAUAGUUUUAACAAACGGGAAACAAAGAAGCCACUACGAUUAAACGAUCUACAAGAUAUUAUUGAAAAUCUAUUGCAAUUAUUUGUUGAUAUUGAAUAG